UGAGUUAGGAUAGAUAGCCUAGUCUAUCAUGUCCACUUUUAAAUGUUUGUCUGAUGAUACUUCUGAUUCCAUGUCUACCCCUGUACCUGAUUCCCUCUCUGCCCCAGUCUCUGCAACCAUUAUUGAUACUGCCAUUGCCCCUUAUGUCAUGCCUUGUCCUAAGUAUGGCUCUACCUCUACUAUCGAUUUUACAGAGCAGUAUCUACCAUGGAUUCUUGACUCUGAGCUUUAUCGACUGGAAAGCCAAGAGUCGCUGGUUGGUCUCAAAGAACUUGGGUUUGACAAAAUACAAGACGAGUGAAAUGUUGUGGAUGUGGAGUCAUGGGGCUAUGGGCAGCUAGUCAACAAAUAUGAUGUGGCAAAAAUUACACCCAAUGGUGAUGUCUUCAGCAAUCCACCACAGGAUAAUGGCGGUGACUGUAGGAGCUUGCUGAUGGCAUGUGGACAGCUUCAGUAUAUACCACUAUUUGCUGUGUAUUAUUAUUCAGAUAGAUAUAGUUGUAUAUUUCUCACUAGUUUAAACAAGUGAUAUUUUGGAGAUACG